CUUGCCAAUCUUUCCUUGCUUAGAAGAUAGAAAGAACCCGUCUCUUCUUCGUCUCUCAAUUCAACUGCUUGAUUACACUUACCAAAAGAACCCUUGUAACUCUUUUUUUUUUUUUUUUUUUUUUUUCUGUCACUUUUAUUGAAUAAGAUGAUUCAGCUUUUGUUUACAGUGAUAUUUUCUGAGAUGGUACUGAUAUUGUUGCUACUGUUCAAAACCCCAUUGAGGAAGCUGGUGAUCACGGGCUUGGAUCGAACGAAGCGCGGUCGCGGCCCUCUCGUGGUCAAGACCGUCGCUGGAACGGUGUCUGUGGUGUUAAUGUCCAGUGUGUAUAGUAUGGUGAAGAUCCAGAAGAGAUGGACCGAUGAAGGUUCCAUCAGUAAUCCGACGGACCAGGUCCUCAUGGCAAAGCACCAACUUGAGGCCACUCUCAUGGGUUCAAUACUAUUUCUUGCACUAAUGGCAGAUAGAUUACACCAUUAUAUUAGAGAACUCCGCAUUCGAAGGAAAAGCAUGGAGGCCAUUAAGAAACAAGCUCGAGGUUUUGAAGAUGGGAAAUCUGGCAGUUCAAAGGAAAUCAAAUCCUUGGAGGAAGAGAGUACUGCAAUGGAGGCGAAACUUAAAAAUCUAGAAUCUGAGUUGGAAACAAAGACAAGAGAGGUGAAUGCUGCAGAAGCUAAUCAAGUUGCUUUAAGAAAACAAUCCGAAGGAUUUUUGCUUGAGUAUGAUCGGUUGCUUUCAGAAAACCAGCACCUACGAAGUCAGCUCAAGUCUGUGGACCGGAAAUUGUCACGUUCCAGUAGCAAGAAGAUGGACUGACCUUUUCUUUGAACUGUUCAGUCUAUAUCUAUUCCAGUUUCAAUCAUCUAACUCUGAUUUCCACGGUGGAUUAGUCAGUUUUGGCUACUCAUUUAUAGCAUCUUUGUUUCGAGAAGCUGCAAAAGAAAAAAUGGGGAAGAGAAAUAGGAUUUUAUGUUGGUGUUCAAUUUGAAGUACAGCUGAGAGAUGUAAGAGUAUGGAACAAUUUUUUCGUGACAAAUUGUGACAUUUAUACUAGUACAUGAUUAUAGACAAACUUUCAGUUCUGA